AUGGAUGAUAAUACCCAAGAUUCUGUUGCUGCAUCCGUUGAGAAUUGUUCUAGUUCUAAAAGCGGUGGUGUCUCGGUAUCAAUUCGACGUUCGUUUUCAAACUUAACUCUUGACAAAUCUGUAUCGAAAUCAAAUAAUAAUAAUAAUUCAUUAGAAUCCUCUAGCGUUACAUCCCUAUCAUUAUCUAAACAAAAAUCAGCUACAUUUUCCACCAAGAAAUUAAAAUUAAGACCUAAAUCUGCUCUUCCACCACGAAAAUCUUCAAAUACUCUUCAAAGUGCUUCAUUAAUUUCUAGUACAGCUGGCGAUUUAAUACCUCGUUCAAAUCCUCCUCUUGGUCGCCCGCCUUCUACACCUACGUUGCAUUCGACCACAGAAGAAGAUAAUUCUUUAGAUAUUACAACUUUCUUAGCAGCUCCGCGUUUAACUCAGCGUGUUAGAUUAAAAACCGGGAGAGUUGUUAGUUUUUCCGAAGUAGGAGAUAGAAAUGGUUUCCCAGUUUUAGUUUUUUUAGGAAUGGGCUGUGUGAGAUAUUUUAUAGCUUUCUUUGAUGACCUUGCCUCAAGUUAUGGGUUAAGAUUGAUAUGUCCUGAUCGACCAGGUGUUGGACUUUCAGAUGACGUCAAGGUAGAUGAACAACAAGUAUUGAAGUGGCCAGAUGUGAUUGAAGAGCUUUGUGAAAUACUUAGUAUAGAUAAAUUCUUUAUUAUGGCACACAGCGCUGGUGCACCAUACGCACUUGCUUGUGCUAUGAAGAUACCUGAAAGAUUGCAAGGAACUAUAUAUCUUGUAUGUCCGUGGGUGAGCACAACGAUCGCCAAUAAUUUUAAAUGGCUACGUUUCGUUCCUACACCUAUUAUGAAGCUCACUAACACUGCAGGGAUUUCUUUACAACAAAUGCUUCACGGGAGACAACCUUAUUCCACUAAACCAUUACAUCAACGAAAUUCUGGAGCUUUGGCUUCUCCAAUGUCAAGCCUUGAGAAAAAACAACAAUUAGGAAUUGCAAUCCUUAAGGCUUCUUUUGCUGAAAAUUUAUCUGGUGCUAAUAAUGAUUUGCUUAUGUGUUUCGAGCGACGUCAUUCAUUUGGAUUUUCAUACACUGAUAUUAAUCAUCCUGUACACGUUUUCCACGGCACAAAAGAUGAAAGGAUUCCAGUAUCGGCAGUAAAAUGGAUGGAAGAUAAUAUGCCUGACUGUAAAUUGUCAUUGAUUGAAGGUGGCAAACAUUCUUUACUUUUACGUGCUGAGAUCGUGGAUACGAUAUUUAAAAGUAUCGCCGUGCAAUUACACGUUAAGGAUGAAUGUCGAGUUUGCAAAAUUUCAGCUAAAUGCUGGCUAAUGGAAGAAGCGGAAAAUGCUAGAAAAUUAAAAGAGGAACAAGAAAGGAAAUCAAGGCAAGAAGAAGAAGAAAGAUUACGGAAACAGCCUAUCGAAAAUAUUGCUUGCACUUAA